AUGAAAGCAGAGGUCUAUGACGGUGCGAGACAGAGUUAUCAAGGUACGCUCCAGACGCUACUCGACCAUCCGGCAAUCGUGGGCAUCCUGAACGAGAUUCUAUCCGAAGAUCCUUUUGUGUCAGACGACUGCUACGGGUUCCGAUGUGAAGGGUCAUUCACGACUGUCCGGGAACCCGGCUGGAACAUAUCGGAACGUGGCGAUAACGGUCUACCGCACGUCGUGCGUCCACCCCAACAGGCAAACGCGAUGCGGUAUCAGGUCGCCGGUGGAAAGAUUUUCGGUGGGCUGACGCGUGUCGUGUGGGAACUUGAGGAGGUCAAGUCAGGACAGGGUGCCACCUCUUUUCUCAGCGGUUCACACAAAGCACACUUCAAUUACGGAGGUCCCGACCCGUAUCGUCCGAAUAUUGGUGAAUCGCCGUGGGAGAUGAAUAUGCGCGAGGUGAUGGACGACUACAGUUGUCCACCCGGUUCCGUCGUUAUCUUCACCGAAAGUCUCGUCCAUGCGGCUAAUGAUUGGACGAAUCCAUCAAACCCUCGGUGCGCUGUCUUCAAUUGUUACAACUCGAUCUGGGCACAGUGGCAUCGACUCAACUUGAGCCAUGAAGUCAUUGAAACCAUGCCACCGAGGCGGCAAUCGUUAUUCCGAGGCACAUGGGCAAUUGGCGGCGGUCCCGGUGGAAACCGUGAGUAUUCGUUGGAUAAUAACACGACCUGA